CUGAACUUGCCCAUAAGUUUAUCCUGGCCAGGGCCUCAGAGAAAAUAGAGUUCAUAACAAGGGUCCGAACCGCUGCAAAAUCUAGCCCCACCAUUGCAAGUUCCCCCUCUAAUGGAUAACAGCAGCGGAAGCAUGGAAAACAAGUCCAAAAGCAACAAUCGUCAAGAGGCAAAAGAAGUUAAUAGCACUGCACAGCAUUUUGUUGACUUCACAGAAGCAGAGGAAGAUAUCGUUUUCAGAAUGCACAUGCUUGUCAAGAACAGGUGGGAACUUAUAGCAGGACGAAUCCCUGGAAGGACAGCAGAAGAAGUGGAGAUGUUCUGGUCUAGAAAACACCAGAAAAAAUGAAAAUGAGGCCAUUACUUCAUAUUGAUCUAUAAUAUACCUAUUAAUGUCAUACAAAUUGAGCCGAUAAAUAAUCUUAAGCAUGCAAAAUUGAGGAAAGCCAGAUAAUGCCACGAGCUUACUCAAGCAAUGAUGUGGAUUUGGCACUAUCAAGUGAAAUUGGUAGAGCUAACUGUGUUCAUUUUGUAAUUACAUCUUGCUAUGGCAUGACGUCAAUUUUGCAAUAGCAAAGUAAGAAAUGUACAAAAAAUACCAGGAAAUACCCAUCACGUUG